GAUGAGAGGGCGUCUGCGAGGAAAGGGGCGUAGGCCUGGAGGUGGGGCUGGGAGCUCGGGGGCGGGACCUAAGAGAAGCGGGCUCAGGGGAAGAUUGCGGUUUGGGGAGAAGGAAUGGGGGUGCAUAUGGACAGAGGGACCUAGAGACGGGAUACAGGACCACAGGAGAAGCAAGUCCCUCCGAGGCGCCAAAAAGUGGCGACAGGAGCUGAGGGAUGGAGGAGGGGAGGGAAGAAGAGGGAGCCCUGAUCUGCCGGGAGAAGUCGGGGCCGAGAGCUCUGGGGUCCCAGCUUUCCGUACAGUAUCAGGCCGAGGGAGGGGCCAGCGUUUCUCUUCAAGCCCAGAGAGGCCGAUGGCUGUAAUCUGAUCUCCGAUAAGAGAGGGACAGCUGGGGGAGGGGGCCGAAGAAGGUGAAGAGGGAAGGGUCGUCUCACGUCCCCCUCCCCACGGCCAGGCCUGGUGCUGACUCACGUCUGUGCGGACAGAGACAGUCAGCGCUGACUCACGGGCUGUCUGUUUGACCGCAGACUCUGCUCUCACCUCGAAGUCUGUAUUCAGGAUGGCUUGUUUGGACAAUGCCAGGUGGGAGUGGGGCAAGCCCGGCCCCUUUUGCAAGUCACCUCCCCAGUUCUUCAACGCUUACAAGGUGUCCUCCGACAGCUCAUGUCCCAAGGACUGUCCUGGCACGAUGACCUCACCCAGUAUGUGAUCUCCCAGGAAAUGGAGCGCAUCCCCAGGCUUCACCCUGCAGAGCCCCAUCCAAGGGACAGGGCUUCCCUGGUGGCGCAGUGGUUGAGAGUCCGCCUGCCGAUGCAGGGGACACGGGUUCGUGCCCCGGUCUGCGAGGAUCCCACAUGCCGCGGAGCGGCUGGGCCCAUGAGCCAUGGCCUCUGGGCCUGCACAUCCGGAGCCCGUGCUCCGCAGCGGAAGAGGCCACAGCGAUCUGGCUUGGCGCCCAGGAGACCGGGUCCCGCUGGGGAGCUGCUUUUACAGGGCAUCCCCACUGGCUCCGCCCUUGCUCCCCAGCAUCGGCUUCCUCGACCUCCAGUAGGUAGGGGUGGAGCUGGGGCAGGCUCCCCCCUCUCCCCUUUGCAGGCUGAGCUGCUGCCCCCUCUCCUGGAGCAUCUGCUGCUGCCCCCGCAGCCUCCCCACCCUGCCCUGAGUUAUGAACCUGCCCUGCUGCAGCCCUACUUGUUCCAUCAGUUUGGCUCCCGCGAUGGCCCCCGGAGCUCAGAGAGCUCCCCAGGAAUGGUCAGUGUUGGCCCCCUGCCCAGAGCUGAACCCCCAGCCCUCUUCAGCAGAACUGCCUCCAAGGGCACGUUCGGGGCUCACCCUGGCCGUUCCUAUGGGGACCCUCCAGGGCCUCCGCCUGCUCAGCUUCUCCAGGAGUCAGGGCUGCUCUACCUGGCCCAGGAGCCACAAGUGCCCAGCAGGGCCAGGGCACCAAGGCUGCCAGAGCAAGGGGGCAGCAGCCAGGCAGAUGACUCCUCAGAAGGCUAUGAGGAGGAAGGACUAGAGGGUCGCAGGGAGAAGCCUCCUUCCCCAGAAGAGCAGCCAGAUGUGACUCUGCAGAGGCUGGCAGCUGUGCUGGCGGGCUACGGGAUGGAGCUCCGUCAGCUGACUCCUGAGCAGCUCUCCACCCUCUCCACCCUGCUGCGGCUGCUGCCCAAGGCUGCAGGCCGAAACCUGGGAGGGGUUGUAAACAUUGGAGCUGACAUCAAGAAAACAAUGGAGGAGCAGGUGCAGGGCGCAGACGCAGCGGAGCCUCCACCGCCCACGCCGUCCCUGCCCGGAUCCCCCACUGCUGGUCCCACCUCCAGUAAAGCCCAGCAGGAGCUGAGCUCUGGAUCCUCUGAGCCCCCCAAAGCUGCCGGCCCCCCUGCCACGCCCAUCCUGCGAGAGGAGAAAAGUCCACCGGGCCAGAGCCAGCCCACGGCGGCAGGGCAGCCCUCGGCUAGGCCAUCAGCAGAGGAAUAUGGCUACAUUGUCACUGACCAGAAGCCCCUGAGUCUGGCUGCAGGAGUGAAGCUUCUGGAGAUCCUGGCUGAGCAUGUGCACAUGUCCUCGGGCAGCUUCAUCAACAUCAGUGUCGUGGGACCAGCCCUUACCUUCCGCAUCCGGCACAAUGAACAGAACCUGUCUUUGGCUGACGUGACCAAGCAAGCUGGGAUGGUGAAGUCUGAACUGGAAGCACAGACAGGGCUCCAGAUCUUGCAGACAGGCGUGGGACAGAGGGAGGAGGCAGCCGCCGUCCUUCCCCGACCGGCCCACGGCACCUCUCCCAUGCGCUCCAUGCUGCUUACUCUGGUGGCCCUGGUGGGUGUGGCCGGGUUGCUCGUGGCUCUGGCAGUGGCCCUGUGUGCACGGCAGCGUGUGCGGCAGCGGGACAAGGAGCGCCUGGCCGCGCUGGGACCCGAGGGCGCCCACGGUGACACUACCUUUGAGUACCAGGACCUGUGCCGCCAGCACAUGGCCACAAAGUCCCUGUUCAGCCGGGCAGAGGGUCCACCGGAGCCCUCUCGGGUGAGCAGCGUGUCCUCGCAGUUUAGUGAUGCGGCUCAGGCCAGCCCCAGCUCCCACAGCAGCACACCGUCCUGGUGCGAGGAGCCCGCCCAGGCCAACAUGGACAUCUCCACGGGACACAUGAUUCUGGCGUACAUGGAGGACCACCUGCGGAACCGGGACCGCUUGGCCAAGGAGUGGAGGGCCCUGUGUGCCUACCAGGCGGAGCCCAACACCUGUGCCACCGCCCAGGGGGAGGGCAACAUCAAAAAGAACCGCAACCCUGACUUCCUGCCCUAUGACCACGCACGCAUCAAGCUGAAGGUGGAGAGCAGCCCUUCUCGGAGCGAUUACAUCAACGCCAGCCCCAUUAUUGAGCACGACCCUCGGAUGCCAGCCUACAUAGCCACACAGGGCCCACUGUCACAUACCAUCUCAGACUUCUGGCAGAUGGUGUGGGAGAGUGGCUGCACCGUCAUUGUCAUGCUGACCCCGCUGGUGGAGGAUGGUGUCAAGCAGUGUGACCGCUACUGGCCAGAUGAGGGCUCCUCCCUCUACCAUGUAUAUGAGGUGAACCUCGUGUCGGAGCACAUCUGGUGCGAGGACUUCCUGGUGCGGAGCUUCUACCUGAAGAACGUGCAGACCCAGGAGACGCGCACGCUCACGCAGUUCCACUUCCUCAGCUGGCCGGCAGAGGGCACCCCGGCCUCCACCCGGCCCCUGCUGGACUUCCGCAGGAAGGUGAACAAGUGCUACCGGGGCCGCUCCUGCCCCAUCAUUGUGCACUGCAGUGACGGUGCAGGAAGGACUGGCACCUACAUCCUCAUCGACAUGGUACUGAACCGCAUGGCAAAAGGAGUGAAGGAGAUUGACAUCGCUGCCACCCUGGAGCAUGUCCGUGACCAGCGGCCUGGUCUCGUCCGCUCCAAGGACCAGUUUGAAUUUGCCCUGACAGCUGUGGCGGAGGAGGUGAAUGCCAUCCUUAAGGCCCUGCCCCAGUGAGACCCUUGGGGCCCCUCCGUGGGCAGCCCAGCCUCUGCUCCCUCUUUGCUAUGUGAGCAUCUGUGUACUCACUCCUCACUUCCCCACCUGCCACCUUGGCCCCUCUUGGGCAUGUCUAGCCCUUCCAAGAGGAGCAUGUAAAGAAGGGGAAGUGGGAAGGGGCACACCGGGAGCCCUGGCAUCAGUCCCGUGGGGGAGCUGGCAGCUGGCCAGGAGGAGAGGAAAUCAACCAUUCCACCCCAGAGCCUCCUCCUGCCUGAGUUCCCUGGCCCCCAUUUCCCACCACUCUGGAUGCUCCCAAUAUGUCUGUGUGGACGCCCUCCACCCUCCGGUGUGGCUAGAAUGGGGCGGAGGGGCCACCAUGUCCAGCUCUUCCUGUUCUCCCAGCCCCUGCUGCCCGCUGACCUGCCUCCACGACCCACACUCUGGCCCUUGCCCUUCCUACGCCCUCCCCCGGCCCUCCCGCCGCCACAUGCCACUCAACUCUCUCCCCCUGGCACAAGAGAACAUUUCUAGAAAAAUCUACUUUUGUAUCAAUGUGAAUAAAGUUAGUGUGUCGUGUGUGCAGCUGCAA